UCAUGGCGCUGGCCGCUCGCUUCUGGCGCUUUCUCCCUUGGGCACGUGCCGUCUUUCCCGGACCUUGGCUCUCGACGGGUGUUGCUGGCAGCCGCGGACAAUGCUGUACUUGGCGACUCCGCGGCUCUGAGAGGAAAUUGUUUGGCAUGUAGCUGUAGAUUUGGUGUGUCCAUGAGAGGAUGGGUGUUCACGAUCCUCCUACAUUGCCAUUUUGAACCAGACCCACUGGGGCCAUUUUAGAGGCUGCUUACUACAACCAGAUUCAGAAAACCAUAUAAACAAUGGUGAUGGGAAAUCUAGGAUCUGUCAAAAGAAGCCUUUUAUUCUCAGCUUUACCUUAUUUGGGUUUUGAAACAUUUCAAGUAUUUUCCCAGGCUGCUGUGGUUCAUGCCACAGCCAAAGUCUUCAGAGUUGAAGAAAUUCUCGAACAAGCAGACUACCUAUAUGAGAGUGGAGAGACAGAAAAACUUUAUCAGUUGCUGACCCAAUACAAGGAAAGUGAAGAUGCAGAGUUACUGUGGCGAUUGGCACGGGCAUCACGUGAUACAGCUCAGCUUAGUGGGACCUCAGAAGAGGAGAAAAAACUCUUGGUCUAUGAAGCCCUAGAAUAUGCAAAAAGAGCAUUGGAAAAAAAUGAAUCCAGUUUUGCAGCUCAUAAGUGGUAUGCAAUCUGUAUUAGUGAUGUUGGAGAUUAUGAAGGCAUCAAGGCUAAAAUUGCAAAUGCCUACAUUAUCAAGGAGCAUUUUGAGAAAGCAAUUGAACUGAACCCAAAAGAUGCUACCUCAAUUCACCUUAUGGGUAUUUGGUGUUACACAUUUGCUGAGAUACCUUGGUAUCAAAGAAGAAUUGCAAAAAUGCUGUUUGCAACUCCUCCUAGUUCCACCUAUGAGGAGGCAUUAGGCUACUUUCACAGGGCAGAGCAAGUGGAUCCAAACUUCUACAGCAAAAACUUGCUUCUUUUAGGAAAGACAUAUUUGAAGUUACACAAUAAAAAGCUUGCUGCCUUCUGGCUAAUGAAAGCCAAGGACUAUCCAGCACACACAGAGGAGGAUAAACAGAUACAGACAGAAGCUGCUCAGUUGCUUACAGGUUUCAGUGACAAGAAUUGAGAAUUUUUCAGAGAAGAAAGCACAUGAAAUAUCUAAGAAACAUUGCCUUUUCAUCAGAUUACAAAGAUAAUACAUAAACUGUAACUGUUCUAUGGCUCUUUUCUCCGUUCCUUUAUUUAAAUAUACAAUAUUCUAAGUUUCUUCACAGAUAACAAAAGAAAUAAUUACAAAAAGAUUGGUAGAAACUUCUCCCUGGCUCAGAGGCAGAGAUACUGCACAUUUAGGACACCAGCCAAUACAAAGGGGUAUAAGAUUUCUAAGGAGGAUGGAUCACAUCAGAAUGGGAGAUCAAGAAAAAGCUUUGUGGAAGAGGUUUCAUUGGGGGUGUGCAUUGUCACAUUGGACUGAUGCAAAGUUAAGAUCUUGCAGAGAAGGUGCAGUGAAAAUUAGGUUAGGAUGUUGCGGGUUCUUGGUAUAAAGUAGUUAAGUGAUGGAUCUUGGAACCAACCUGCAUAAGGAAAAACCUUGUCAGGAGAGGAUGGAAAAUGGAGUGAUUUUUUUUUUUUUUUUUUUAAUGUGACAUAGUCUCACGAGUGAAUUGAUUCUGUCACUAGACAAAGCCCAGAUUCUCUUCCCUAAUAUGGUGAAAGGAACACAGAAUUAAAGGUUGAAAUAGAAAUGAAGAUGUUUUAAAUAGGCAGGACAGUAUUACUUGAGGCUGGGAUGCCACCACUGCAGAACUGUUUUAUAAAAAGGAUUAUCUUGAAUGUCACUUAGAUAAAUCAAGAGUGCAUGCAUAGGUGGGUUUUCCCCAAAGGAUUUGGGAAUUGUAAUGUUAACAGUGAACUGUGCGGGUGUGGGCUGUUUCUGUUAUCAUGUAUAUUUUCGAAAAUAAAACUGAAAGUCCUGGAUUCAUCUCCAAUUGCUAAUCUUUAUUUUACUGUUAUGUGUGUAUAUUUUCAUAUAUAUGUAUUUUUAAACUUUUGAAAUUGUAGACGACAUACUUCAUCCCUAAAUAUCUCAGCAUGCAUUGUCUCAGAAUAAGGACAUCCUUCAAAAGAAAAACCCAUUAGUACAACAAAAAGUUAACAGUAAUUUUUUAAAAAUCAUCUUCUAAUACCAGCUGUAUUCAUAUUUUCUCACAUGUCCCAGGAAUGUCUUACACUUUUAAAAACCAGGAUUUAAUCAAUCAUACAUUGUAUUUGAUUUUCUGCCUUAGUUUUCAAAAAUCUAGAAGAGUUCUUCCCUUUUUUUAAAUCCCACCAUUCAUUGACUUUUUGAAGAGGCCAGUCCAGUUAGAUUGUCCCUCAUACCAGAUUUGCCUUACCCCACUUUGAGAAAUACUGUUCCAUCUUAUUUUCAGUGACUCUGAUUACUUCUAUGUAUGUUAAAUCUUCUUUGCCUAAUUUUUUUAUCAUUUCUGUUUUUUCUUUUUACCCCUCAGUUUCAUUUUCUUGGCUCUUUGAAUUGUCUUCAAUUUUGAGAUGUUUGUCUUCUUCCAUUUUCUUCCCUGAUUUCAAUCAGCAGGCAUUUCACAUUUUCAUGUAGUUUGUCCAGUUCUGAGUUUUUGAAUUUCUAAUUUGAUUUUUUUUUUUGGUGUCUAUAUUUACACUUACCUCAUUAGUAUAUUGUGUUAAUAGUUUUUUUCUGUUCUGAGCAUCUUCAUCCAUCUGAAAUUUCUCCUUUUCAAUUUUCUCUAUAGAGUGACUUUCAUUAUUUUCUGGUGAUUUGUGUGUGUGUUUUGCAUUACCAGCAGUACCAGGUAAUCAAAUGGGAAGUGAAGGGUUUGAAUUUGUUCAAGAAUAACCUCUAUGAAGUAGUUUUUGUGAAAUGAGGUAUCUUUCAGUAAUAAAGCCUUUUAUGGGUAGAGUCUGUCUUCUGAUAUUUUAUAGUGCUUUAAAAAAUCUUUUUUGCUUUGAAAUCAUUACA